AUGACUGCGACGGUGGCCAACAUUGACACUGUGGCGGACGACAUGCUCGAGCUGGUGUUCCUACGUCUCCCCUUGCCUCUCGAUCUUAUCCGCGCCGCGUGCACCUGUAAGCGCUGGAGACGCAUCAUCGCAGGGGACAAUGGCCGCGUGAUCCGUUCCCUCCAUGGCGCGCAGUCCUUCCACAUCAUCGGCCACUAUCAUGUUGACAUGCGCCCAUACAGCUCACGCCCGCCCGGUCUUAACCCAUUCUUCUUUCCCUCCAAAUUGCAGCCAUGCUGGACGAACAUCUUAGCUACGUGGAACCCCACGCUCGACUUCCUCCCGCAGCCGGAGUUGCGCAGUUUCUGCUGGGAGCUCGCUGACAUUCGAGGUGGCCUCCUACUUGUACUCCUCUUCGACGAGGAGUACUACUCAAAACCACCAUUACGUCUCGUCCUCUGUGAUCCCCGGACGCAGCGCAUCAGGUCAAUCCCUCUCUCGGCGUGGUUUCACGGUUGCAACUUCCUGGGUGCCUUCCUCCUCAACGGUGAGGCUCCAGGCACAUAUAUCAGCCUAUCAAACUUCAGGGUGACGUGCGUGCUCGAACGUAAUUGUGUUGUCAGGGCAUGUGUGUUCUCGUCCGCUGGCGGCGGCCGCUGGACCUCUUGUGCCACGCGUGGCACCACUAUUAUUUACGGCAACGACUACUGGACGGCAAACGGGCAGGCCAUGUUCGCUGGUGGCACAGAGGCCACUGCGUACUGGACGGUUCAAAAUGGUGUUCUUGCUCUCGACAAGGAGGCCGCCAAGCUCUCAUUGUCCAUCUUGCCGGACGUGUUGAUCGGCAAGCCCCACGUACAGGAGUACGCGUAUGCGUACAAACUGCCGUGGCCACCUACGAUCCGAGCUUGCCUAUCCUAG